UUAUCGAAUGAGUUACUGUAGCUUUUUCGUACGAGCACAAUACACGGGUGAAAUGGAUUUCUUUGCAUUUCAAAUGGUUCAGAAAAUUUAAUCAUUAGCUAUAUUACAUUUGACAAGCAAGCAAACAAUCGCUACUAUGAUAUACUAUUAUACUAUUCGAACGUAUAUAUAAAAAUCAGUAGUGAGAGCUUAUAUUUUUUGCCACAAAUGUCGAGGGGCGCCACAUCAAAAAAAUUUUCCUUCGCAAGAAAUGUCACAAAAACAAGAUUUACUCCAGUAAUGAGAACAGGCGUAAUUCUUUAUCAAUUUUUAAUGAACAAGGUCUCAUUUCAAGGACGAAAGUUUAACCUAUAACCUCGAUUUUUCGAAUUUUUGAAAACUUUAUUUUCCUUCAGAAAAAUCGUCUCAUAGAAUGAUAUUUUUUUCAGAGAACAGUUUAUACACAAAUAAAAAACUUUUUAAAAAAUUCAAAAAAGGAGAUUCCUGGAUGAAAAUUUUGUCUUUAAGAUGAGAUCUCGUUCGUUAAAAUCGAUCAAGUAUUACGUUUAUUCUCAUUUUUGACGUAAAGCAUGAUAAAAUCAGGAGUGAUGAAUAGCCUCUUUUAUUUUAUCAAUUAUAAAUCAAAAAUUAACAUAACCUUUAUAAAAUAUUAUGUAACACAAUGGUACUUACUCUCCAUGUGAUGAAAAUCGAAUAGGUUGAUUAUUCAUUAAAAUAUUUUUCCUCUUCACAUGUUUCGACGUGUGCUUCAAAAGAUUUAAACCUCUUGAGAUUAACAUUGUUACAAAUCGAGAUUUAAAACGUCGUACAAUUCUAUCACGAUCGUUAUAAACAAAGUUUAUAAAAUUAAUAAGAUGUUACAUGUUCUAGGUAACGUUAAUUUUUACGUUGCAAUUGAAUGCCCUCUAUGAUUUAUUUUCUGAAAUAGAACGAAUUGUGUUAGAAUUGCCGAUAAUGUAGAGUGAAACGAUAGAGAAUAAUAUAUCAGAUUGAUAUUCAUAUAUUCGUAUACAUAUAUUUAUGAAGAAGUAAAGUAGUUUUUAUUUUUUUGUUUUUGUUUGUUUGUUUGUUUUUUUUCCAUAAUAUACAUCAGACGACAAAUGUUCUACUAGAAUAAUCUUCGUAUUAUUUGCAUUCAUAUGAAAAAGCGACGAUCGGUAAGAAAUAAAGUUAGUUGCGAACCGCACCCGCUUUCUGCGCACAAUCGAUAGUGCAUUUCGUUUCUGUCAAAUGGAUAAUGGCAGCGACGAUGAUUGAUACGAUGGCACAAAGUAAUGGAUUUCAAUCGAAAAAGAAAGAAGAUCCAGAAAAUAAAGACAAUUUGUGGUCCUCUAUUCUAGCAGAGGUACAGAAUAGCGGAAAUAACAAACUGCCAUCGAACAAGAAUGUCCUUGUCUUAGGUGACAACGAAAGUGGUAAAACAACUCUUAUCGCAAAAUUACAAGGAGUGGAAGAUCCAAAGAAAGGCUCUGGUUUAGAGUUUGCGUAUAUCGAUGUAAGAGAUGAUUAUAGAGAUGAUCAAACAAGAUUAUCCGUGUGGGUCUUGGAUGGUGAUCCAGGUCAUGCUAAUUUGCUGAGAUUCGCGCUAAAUGCAGAAAGAUUUCCGCAUACGCUUGUUAUGUUAGUAGCCGCAAUGACCACGCCAUGGGCUAUUCUUGAUCAAUUACAGGCAUGGGCUGCUUUAUUAGGCGAUCAUGUUGAUAAAUUAUCUAUAGAUAAUGAUUCUAGGCAACGAUGCAGGCAACAAAACAUUAAAAAAUGGCAAGAGUAUACCGAACCUGGUGAUGAACUAGAUCCAGGAAGUCCUUUGAGACGUACUAGUCGUAAUCUUGAUGACGAAACAACUGAUAAUUUACCUUUACCAGAAGCUGUACUUACAACCAAUUUAGGCCUAGACAUUGUCGUGGUUAUAACUAAAACUGAUUACAUGUCUACCCUUGAGAAGGAACACGAUUAUAAAGAUGAAGAUUUUGAUUUUAUGCAACAAUGGAUUAGGCGAUUCUGUUUGCAAUAUGGUGCAGGUCUUUUCUAUACAUCAGUAAAAGAAGAUAAAAACUGUGAUCUAUUGUAUAAAUACCUUACACAUAGAAUUUAUUCAUUACCUUUCAGAACGCCUGCUUUAGUGGUUGAAAAAGAUGCAGUUCUUAUUCCUGCUGGUUGGGAUAAUAUGAAAAAGAUCAGCAUCCUUCAUGAAAAUUUACAAUCGAUGAAACCGAACGAUUAUUAUCGCGAUAUUAUUACACAACCUGCGACAAAUAGAAAGUGUGUGGCAAGGGAAGUAGAAGUUCAAGCGGAAGAUGAACAAGCAUUUUUAGCAAGACAGCAAGCUACGUCAUCAGGUUUGAAGGAUCCAACACGUUCACCUACAACAAGGAACCAGGCAAGCCUCGGCCCAGUUAUACAGGUUGCAUCGCCAAACAAGAAAUUGGAUUCUAAAGGUACCGGUACUACUGCUGCAGGAGAGGGUGUAUUAGCUAAUUUCUUCAACUCUCUUCUUUACAAAAAGACUGCUACACCACCGGGUGUCCCAGGAUCACCAGGAAGUAUAGGUGCGAGUCCUGUUAAGCUUGAUAGUACACCUGUAGAUAAGGCAACAAUGUGCAAUGAUGCGGCAGCGGAAUUAGAUCGUCUUACACAAACCAAGAAAAUAUCUCCACCAAAUUUAAAUUCAUCAUCUGAAUGUUAAAGGAAUAAAUACUCUCUCUCUCUCUCUUUUUUUUUCUUUUUUUUUCUUUUUUGCGAUCCAUCUGUCGAAAAAAAAAAAGACAAUAUAGGAAUCUGCAAUAUAUUAAUUUCAUUAUAAUCAAAAGGUCAAUGUGUACACAAAUAAUGCUUAACUUAUCGUCUAUCGGAUAGGGUACUUGAAAUAUCUUCAUGUUCUAACAACAAUGAAGAUACUGAAGUAUUUCGUAUUAACUAUUCAAUUCAGUAUAUAUAUAUACACACCAUGAUAUUCGGUACUAUUUUAUUUAUUUUUUCUAUUUAUGUUUAAGAUUGCAUCUAUUGCAUAAUAAUCAACGAGACCUAUUUGACUUUUAAUUAUUUCAUACUUUUAGGAAGAUCAGAUUAAAUAAAAUCUCUAAUUAGGCAGCUUGAAGAUAUAUUCUUACAAUUUAAUCAUGUAUAUCAAGAUGAAUAAUUAUGAUCAAAAUAAUAUAGUUGCCUUCUAUUUCAUAUAAUAAACAAGUAGCACAAAAUGCUAUGUUUUAGCUUAAGCGUAGAUGGUUUUUAUCGUUUCUAAAGCUUAUAAUAAAAAAAUUAAUAUCGA